AUGAACUGGUUCAUAAUCAUUUCUUUAUUCUUCAUUUGGAAUUUCCAAGAAUGUCACUGCUGUGUGAAAUGGAGAAGGAGUGCAGAUUAUUGCGAGUGCUCCGAUGUUACUGAUAUCAUUCUUCCCUCAUUUGACACUGAUAGAAAUGACAUACUAAUUAGUGAGAAAGUUGGUUGCGUUAGAAAUAUUACUUGCCAAGAUAGUUAUUUGACGUAUGGCACAACUACUUUUAGUACAUCGGAAAUCGUUCGCCCUGCUGAUAGUCAUAAAGAUAGUAAAGCAUAUCUGAACAGUGCUAAUCUUCAAACUGGCGUACUAACAGGAUCUGUUGAUGUAUAUUCUUUGUUUGGAGUUACAUGUGAGAACAAGAAAUGGUAUGCAACCAAAUACCCUUUCGGAAUACAUUAUUAUACGAAUGACUCCAAACAAAAAUUCCUUUAUGAAGGUUUGGAUGGAAAAAGAUCGGAAAUCGAAAGUAUUGUGUGGUAA